AUGCAGAGGGAACGGCGGAUCCUAAUCGCCAGUCCACACAAACAAGUAAACGUUCGAGUGCCGGGAAGAAAAUUAGUGCUGGCCGGUCCAGUAAAGCGCCGCGUUGUCGCAACAACGCUUCGUUUCCUACCGUUCGCGCUCAAUUCUCGGCCCUUCCAGUCGAAGAUCGGCUACAAUUCCUAUCUUGGCUGUUUGAAAGUGCUCUAUCACACUGCGUUUCUACACGUACCAACACAGAUGUCGCCUCUGUAUCAAGAUGCGCCUCGAGUCAAGAUAUAG